AUGCUUAUGAUUGCGUCAUUGCUCAACUCGAAGCUGGGUCAGUGGCCUCUUGGCGGUCUCCCUUCCUGCUACAACAAAGCGGGUAUCAGGGCUCUCCUAAGGGAUAUGUCAUUCCCCAACACGAGAGGGUUCAGUUUCAGUGCUUUCCUCGAUGGCUUCCUCUUCGACGUAGACCUCAUUAGCGGUAUCCCGAAGGUGUUGCUAAAGCCCAUUAGGACAGCAAUUAAAGAAGGAAUCGAGGCAGCCAUCGAUUCCGCCAUCCAGCCAGCAAUUGAUGCGAACCUCGAUAUUCUCACAGACGCUAGCCCCGUUGUGAAUAGUUUGCGAGAUGUCCAGAACUCUCUGAAGGCGGUGCUCUUUAGCUGGAACGACCGGGGCGUUGACGACUCAACAUUGAACCGCGUCACCCCCGGUGGCUUUUUUCCAACAGGGUUCCUUCCUCGAGCCUCUAUCGAGCAAUGA